AUGUUGGUGCUAAGUGUCCCCUUGCUUGACCAUCCGGUUCAUAUGCCAGCGGUGUAUUUGCCACUCCUCGUUCUUUCAUUACUUAUAUUGAAGCAAGCGUUCUUGAGCCCCCUUCGUCAUCUGCCUGGGCCGUGGUACACUUCCUGGACAGGAAUUGUGCUUCGUUUUCAGGCACUGAAAGGCUACCGAUCCCAAUGGGUAGAUGAACUACAUCGAAAAUAUGGACCUGUAGUCCGUAUCGCACCAGAUGAGGUAGAUGUAUGUGACUUUGAUGGAUAUCGGGAGAUUCACAAGAUCAGCAAUCCCUUCCUGAAAGCUCCAUGGUAUAUCAGGUUCCGCGAAGCAGUCAAUUGCUUCACAGCUACUGACCCCCAUGUUCAUGCCCGUAAACGAAGACUGCUCUCCCGUCCGUUUAGCAAGAGCUCUCUCCGCGAGCAUUGGGAACCUACUGUACGUCGGCUUGCGGCAGCAGCCGUACAAGGAAUCAAGAAGGAAGCUGCAGUUGGAACCUCCGAUGCGAUGAAGUGGUGGACAUUCAUGGCCACUGAUGUGACGGGCGCGUUGGUUUUCAGUGAGUCCUUCGGCAUGACUGAAUCCGGUCAGCUAGAGUUUGUCAACAAGGCUCGGGCGCUCCGCUUAGAGGUCUACGGCCUCUACUGUGCGCUAAGGACCUUUACCCUGGGCUACUUCGAUCCUCUUACUCGAGCGGAUCAAUAUAUCGAAAAGAGAACAGCGGAGGUAGUUCAAAGAGCCUCAGAAAGAAAACUCAUCAAAGCAAAUAUUUUUGCGGGUUUGAAGGGCGAGAAGAGCAGCGAUGAAACAAUGGCCGAUCGGGAAGUGUUGCUAGAAUCCGUCAUAUUGAUUGUUGCUGGCUCUGGAACAACGGCAGUGACGAUGACCUUCCUCACCUGGGCAGUGAUGGCGAACCCUGAGAUUCAGUCACGACUGGAAGAGGAAGUGGCAACCCUUUCGGAGGGAUUUACAGACUCGGAGCUGGAAGCACAGCCUUACCUCAAUGCUGUGAUUAACGAGGCCCUUCGAUUGUACGGCGCAGCUCCCUUUGGGUUACCUCGCAUUGUUCCAGCUACUGGGUUCAGUGUGUGUGGACAUCAAAUUCCAGGAGGAACCAUCGUUACCACGCAGUCGUUCUCUCUACAUCGUGACGGAAAUGUCUGGGCUGAACCUGAUCAAUUUAUCCCGGAACGGUGGUUGGAAAAGCAACAGCACCCCGAGGCGAUUUUUGCGCCCUUCGGUGGUGGCAGUCGCACUUGUAUCGGGCUUCACAUGGCCCAGAUGGAGCUUCGCUUUGCUACUGCUCUGCUCUUUCGUGAAUGUGCGGGCAUCAAAUUGGCCCCAUCCACGACUCCGGAGUCGAUGGAGAUUGCGCAAUACUCCCUCAUUGCUCCGAAGGGCAGAAAAUGUGAAGUUAUGUUGUAG